UCCUGGCCGGGAGAUUUGUAAUGGUGCUUCCCGUUCUCCCUCCCCGAAGCGAAGUUAUGCAUUAGCGUUAAUCGUCCUGUGUGAUGCAUGUUCAGAGAGUCGGACAGGAUUAGAGGAACUCCAGGGCGGGAUUGCUUGCAUACAGGUACUUCACUGGGACUACACCUUCCUUGGGCCGCUGAUUUAGUGUUUCAUUCCGUGGUAAGAGUAACGACUUCUGGAGGAUACAUCGGAUCCUAUGCAACGGAAAGGGUCGUGUUAUGCCCGGGCGUAUAAACCGCUAAGAGUGGGAUAUCGCAUGAACAAUACUGGGAUGUCGAACAGAAACAAAUGACAGGAUAUCAAAUUACGACAGUUGGAAAUAUAGUAUUGUAAAACAGAGCGAGGGGGUGGUGAGCAAGGAGGCCAUGGCACGGACGAGUGAGGAGGAGAACUUCGACCACAUGAACAACGAUAUGCAAAUGGAAGAGAAAUUCCUCAAAGACAACGACAAAGUGAACAACGUGAGUGAAAACAACGUGAAUGAGAAAGAAGAGCAGAAGAAGCUGCAUGAAAACGUCGAUGAUGUGGAGCGGGAGACUUGGGGCAAGAAGGUCGACUUCCUCCUCUCGGUCAUCGGCUUUGCCGUGGACCUGGCGAAUGUUUGGAGGUUCCCCUAUCUAUGUUAUAAAAAUGGAGGAGGCGCCUUUCUGAUUCCAUAUGCACUUAUGUUGGCAGCCGGAGGAAUUCCCCUGUUUUAUAUGGAAUUGGCUCUCGGUCAGUUCCAACGGAAAGGUGCCAUUACAUGCUGGGGAAGAAUAUGUCCCUUAUUUAAAGGAAUCGGAUAUGCAGUUGUCCUUAUCGCAUUCUAUGUAGACUUCUUUUACAAUGUGAUCAUCGCGUGGGCCUUGUACUUCUUCUUCAGUUCCUUUACCAGUGAUCUUCCAUGGACCUCUUGUAACAACACUUGGAACACGCCUAACUGUCACGCUGGCUACCCGGAGGGAGAGAUAGACACAGAGCUCGCUAAUAGUUCAUCAACAAAUUAUACAAUAAACAAAGAGACUUUAAUGAGCACAGUAUCUAGUGCUGUGGCUACCACUAUAAAUGCAUCUCUUAGUAACGUAACAGAGGCACCCAGAUUAUCACCGGCGCUGGAAUAUUUCGAGCGGGGAAUGCUUGAGCUGCACCGCUCUGGUGGCAUUGAAAACCUAGGGAGUAUAAAAUGGCAGUUAGUGCUUUGUCUCCUGGCCGUCUAUGUGAUAUGCUACUUCAGCUUAUGGAAGGGCAUUUCUACUUCAGGCAAGGUAGUAUGGUUUACCGCCCUCUUCCCCUAUGCUGUUCUGUUGAUCCUGCUGGUUCGAGGGGCGACUCUCCCCGGAGCCGCCAUGGGCAUCAAGUAUUAUCUGACACCCGACUUCUCCAGGCUUCUCAAGGCGGAGGUGUGGGUAGAUGCCGCCACGCAAGUCUUCUUCUCGCUUGGACCUGGGUUCGGUGUCCUGCUGGCCUUCGCCAGCUAUAACAAGUUCCAUAACAACGUAUACAAAGAUGCCAUAGCGACGAGUAUGAUCAACUGUGGAACUAGCUUCCUCUCCGGGUUCGUCAUCUUCUCAGUCCUCGGUUACAUGGCGCAGAAAUCUGGCAAGGAGAUCAAGGAUGUGGCCACUGAAGGUCCUGGGCUGGUGUUUGUCGUCUAUCCUGAGGCCAUAGCAACCCUACCUGGGUCCACAUUUUGGGCGCUGAUAUUCUUCAUGAUGCUCUUAACAUUAGGACUGGAUAGUUCGUUCGGAGGCUCUGAGGCGAUCAUCACCGCCCUAAGCGAUGAAUUUCCAAUCCUGAAGAGAAAGCGGGAGUUCUUCGUUGCUGGUCUCUUCUCACUCUACUUCACCAUUGGCUUGGCCAGCUGUUCUUACGGCGGCGCCUACGUCGUCAACCUGAUGGACCGCUACGCGGCUGGCUAUUCUAUCCUCUUCGCUGUCUUUUUCGAGUCUGUCACCAUCUCUUGGUUGUAUGGUCUUGAUCGUUUCUCUAACGACAUCGAUGCGAUGAUGGGAUUCAGGCCAGGCAUCUACUGGAGAUUCUGCUGGAAAUUCAUUGGACCAAUUUUCAUUCUGUUCAUCAUGAUUUUCGGUUUGAUAAUGUACGAACCCCUAAGUUACGAUAAGUACGUCUACCCGUGGUGGGCCAAUCUUCUUGGCUGGUUCAUGGCACUCUCCUCCAUGCUGUGUAUACCAGGCGUAGCCAUUAUUACAUUGAUAAGAGAAAAGGGGACGUUUAUGGAGCGUUUAAGAAAAUCGACCACCCCUUGGAAAGAUACUCGCGUAUACAAUCGCCCGGUGGCGACAAGCACAGAUAUUCAUUUACUGGAGACGCAUUACCAAGAACCGGUGAAUACUGUAUAGAUGUGUGGCAAGAGGGACUCCUAACCUAUAUGUGAUACAGGAGUCAGUGUCGAAGUUCAGAAGAGUGUUACAAUCGGAGUCGCUGUCACACUUCGAAUCCCAGUCUUCAGCAAUAACGAUUGCCUUAUGAAUCAUUACAAAUUACCAUCGGAAACUUGUCUCGAAGUAUAUACUGGAUAUUCCUUGUGCGGUGGCUCGUUUACAUAAAGGAAUGACCGAGAUUUCGAGAAGCAGAGUGAGGAGUUGAUGCCACCGUUCCUUCUCACCGUGAAUCAGUCCGGAUUCCCAGCUGGAUGUAAGGGGUCAACAGCUUCAACUCGUUUAACUGCAAACCGGCUGAUAAGGUGGUCUAAGAAUGGCGUCAAUCUUGCCAUUCUCAAAUGUUUACAGAAACCCAAACGAAAGAAUGUAUGGGUGUGAGUGAAAUGCUUUCUUGUCAUAGAAGGAACAGGAAGCGGCUUUGAGUCAUGGCCGCAUCGGCGGAUAAAGUGCACCACAUCCGUAUUAUAUGUAGUCUUCAGUUCUGCUAUUUUCUGAUGUGCAUCCAGUCGCUGGAUGAGCGCACAACUGGUGUCCUCCGUCAGUCAGCUCAUGAGAGUCGGGUAACUGCGGGAAUGGAUGGACCUCGUCUGGUUUGUUUUGGGGGUAAACCCGGAGUAAACCAACAAAGAUGGCUGAGUUGCCGUUGCCACGGAUUGUCUGUGAGGCUUCUGAUUUCGGUGGAUACGGCGCUGAUAGACCAGGCAACACUCGAUGGUGGUGACGAUAUCCCGUCUGGAUACUUUUGUAUUCGCGAAGUACUAUUUUGUAAAUAGCCUAAUAGGAAGAUAGUUCUGUCAUCAGUGUAUAAAAUUUCGCAUGUAUCAAGAAGCAUGUCGGUCUUAGUUGUAGCAACAUAAGGUGUAGAGUUCGUAUACAAAUAGGUUAAAUUAUAUGAUGAAUAUAAGUGUAGAUUGUUAGCAAUUGAACUACUGUCAGUUAUCAAUGUAAAGCUGUUGUAGAUAAGUAUUGAGGAAUUUCGAGGAUGUUGUAAUAUAGCCAUCUGAGAUGUGAGAAGAAAUCCAGUUUUCUAUGCAAAAACGAUGAGGCUAACACUGUGUCUGUAUCUCAUGUUGUUGAUGAUAUAAGUAAUGUAAUUGAGAAGGAACCUAAUUACCAAACAAAGCGCUCGUUCUAUUAAAUCGGGGGUUAUAGUGUACUGGUACUGUAUAAAAUGGCUCUUUAUCACUUCCACUUGGCCCAUCAUUAAUCCCAGUACGGUAACAGGGGCUGUUCCGAUGUCUUUACUUCUUGUCUACCAGUGCACAGGAAAAAUGCAGUAGAGUCUGGAAGUCGUUGACCGAAUCAAUGGCGCUUUCCGAAUAAAUGGUUCGGCGACUGGUGGCGUCAUCGUCCAGUCGGGACACCAGAGAUAUGGGUAUCAAGCUUACCAUCCUAGACAUGUUAGUUUAUGUAGAUAUCGGGUUUUUAGGAAUCACUUUUUGCUGAUGCAGAAUAUUGAAAUGUAGCAUACAUAGGGGCUACAUAUCUUGCUCCUUGACUGAACCUGUCAUUCCACUUCGCACUAUCCCGUAUUGGAAAGGUGAAGUGAAGGGAUAAAUUAAAGUUGUAUGAAUGUUAGUCGAUACUACGUUUGGACCUUACGGUUCUAAGUUCGGUAUACGCGUGUGGUAUCUUUGUAAAUACAUGUAGUAGGGCCCAGUCAGGCCGUAAGUCUAGAAUAUCUGUCAACUAGUUAUAGCUCUCGGUUUGUUCUGUGGCAUUAAUUAUGUGCAAUAUCUUAUAAAUAAAUAACGGCAGUAACUUAGCUGCAUGUUGACAGGGACCUAUCGUCCUGGGUACAGACAAUGUCACAAUAUCACGGUGUUCAAAAAUUAGUCUAUCUACCUGUAUCUUUCUUAGACCAGGUGUAGUUUCGGAUAUUAGUAAAAAGCUCGUCAAAGCAGCAUUGGUCAUUUGGGUGAUAACAUUAUGAGUUUGCACGUUACAGAUAGUCAGUCACGAACUGAAUGAACCAGCACCAUGAAAUGUUGUCAAAAUUUGAUAGAAUAGUCUUGUCCAUACGAAUAUACGAAUGAUGUAACGAAAAAUAUGUCACCUCCUGGUCUAAAGCCGAGUGUAAAAUACUUGACUUUCGGAAAGAAAUGGACAAUGGAACUUAAUUCCUUCUUUAGAAAAUUAGCUGUAGUCAGUUUCAUCCCAUUUGAUACCGAUAUUGUGGGAAAUGGUCACUUUAACUACAUUGAACAGGUCCAUAUGUUAUAAGUGUGAUGAACGCUUCAUGUCCCAAACCUGAACAAUAGUGCAGAGAGCAUGUCUUUGUUGGUUGGCAGUCGCCCUGACAAUAGAAACGAUUUAUAAUACCCGAACCGGUGUGACAGCGGAUAUAGUCCCCCUGGAGUCAUAGUCCGGUAGCAUUGUAUUUGAUCAAUUAAGCAGAAUUAAGCAGCAUGAUCUAUUGUACCGCUUACCCUAACCAAAACAUUUAGUAAUGCGGGCUAUUGUUACACGGACUAUCAGCCCUAGGACUACUAUCCCUUGCACACCGGAUCUGAUGUUACGUCGUACAAGCACUGUCGUUCUGAACGGCUGUUAAUAGAAACGCGGAUUCAUUCGAUUCAAACCCAAUCAACCUGACGUAACACACUAUUGUUCAUAUUUUGAACAUCUAAACAUCGUUCUUGGACAUCUCUGUGCAGUCGUCCGUAUGCUGGCAUGUGAAGUUUGGUCUUCGCAUCCAAUGACCCUCCUCUCGGGCUCUCGUGGGAAUACGGACUUUUUGUAGAAUAUGUUUGGUACGUUUAUACGACAUAAUAAUUAAUCAGGUAAUACUGUCAAGAUCGUAUUCACUGUAAGAAGCAAGAGUCUAGGAUAAUGUGUUUGUUAUAUGUUAAUCAAUGUGACUAUUUCUAUGUUAUUACUCAUAAUGUGACGUACUAUUUCAUGAUAUAUUCGCGUGCCUCAUCUCAAGUUCCGGUUGGGCAGAGGGUUCGGGGGCUGAGGUGUUUACAGUUUAUACUUUGGCGGCGUUUGGAUGUUAACGACAAAGACGGCCAUUAAUUGGGGGGGGGGGGGGGGAACGUGCCCUCUUAAAAUACCAAGGGAGCCACCUGCUUAUGAAGCACGAGUGGGACCGUCGUGUUAGUGCAUGCCGGUAGUUCCCCCAUACAUAUGCACAUUUCUCCUUCAUCCUGUUGUAACUUUAAAAGAAGGUGGUAGAUGAACUAGGACACAAGACGUUGCAUUAGAAAUCAGUGACACAUCGGGCCUGAGUUCCAAAGACCAACAUUUACUUGUGAUUAUUACAGUUAAGUUUUUAUAGGUUUAAUCCUAGUGGAUGGUGUCAAUUGAAUGAAAAGCGACUGGUCUUUCGGUGUGAUUGGUAAAAGUUGAAUUGAAUACCAGACAUCGUAAUCUCGUGCUUUCCUUAUCCCUGGUGAGAUUUAAAUGAGAUUCCCAUUUCAUAGAGAGAGACAGUCGCGUUUCAUUCAUUCAGCAGAAAUGAUUACUUUGUUAUUUGACAGACUGUUACAUUUGAUUAUUGAGAAUAUUACAAAAGUCUACCUUUUUUGCACGAUUUCAGAUGUAAUGUCACAUUUUAUUGAACAACGAUGGAUACAUGUUAAAGUGUACAGAAAUUUUGAAAGCUGGCACCAAUUGAUCACUUUUUGACCAGCUGUUCUAAGCCUCUCACCAUAUUGAUAGACCUCAUACUUCCCGCCGAGAAAGUCUUCUCGAGGGCAGCUUUGGUAACUGAUGCAUCUCAUAAUCAGGUAGUGACAAGCCUAUCUUCACUCGGCCGGGCGUAAAUCUCAUAAAAACUGAACCGCUCGGUCUGCACAUCCGAAGAUCUCAUCAUGUCGCCAGUGCGAUACAAUGUUAGGCCUACCCGCGAGGGCUGAUUAUUAAAAGUUGAUCAGUAUCAUCUGUUUCUGUUAGUCAUCCUCACACCAAUGAAAUGAAACAUUAUAUGGCACUAUUGCUAUUUACCUCAUAUUCAUAAACAUACUUAUAUGCAUGUAAAGUGUUGUAACGUCCUCGUCAUUAUACAAUAAAUACGAUUAGAGUUGGA